GGAUCCGUCGGCACCGAGGAACCCCAACUAACCCAAGCAGAACAAAAUCGAACUUUCACCUCAUAAUGACCACAGCAUUCCUGACCCGCGCUAGCUUGACUGUUGCACUGGCAGCGGUUGUCAGACGCGGCUGCGGGGCGACAUUCAGCCGCCACAUAUGUAAAAAAGGACACCAUUUAGGACGGACAACGACUAUAAGGACUAUGGGGGUCGGGGCUUCGUGCAGGAGUGGCGGAGGCGACUCAGACGGAGGAGAGGCAGAUAGCAACUUGAAUUCACCAAGAGAAAGCUCAGGCAAUAUGAUGGAAGCUGUUGUGUGCCGUGAGGAUGAAUUGCCGGAGGAAGGAAUGAAGUCCUUUGAUGUAGAAGGUGGCCAGGUGCUGGUUGUUCGUCACAAGGGCAAACUGUCUGCGAUAGGGAGUAAAUGUUCCCAUUAUGGAGCACCUUUAGAGAAGGGGGCUUUGUGUGAGGGAAGAGUGAGGUGUCCGUGGCAUGGUGCUUGCUUCAGCCUCGAAACUGGGGAUAUUGAAGAUUUCCCAGGACUGGACAGCAUUCCUAAAUAUGAUGUUGAAGUUGUUGAUGGGAGUGUGAAAGUGAUGGCCAGUCAGGAACACUUUGGUGCUGCAAAGAGAGUGAAACCAUUGGCCAAACGUGAUGAAAACAACAAUACAUCCUUUGUAGUGAUUGGUGGAGGUGCUGCAGGUGCUACUUGUGUGGAACGAUUACGGCAGGAAGGUUUUACAGGUCGCUUGGUGAUGGUGACAAGGGAGAAUCACUUACCCUAUGACCGACCAAAACUCUCCAAGGCCAUGCAUCUCACACCAGAUAAUAUUACAUUACGUUCUAAUCAGUUCUAUGAGAGUGGUGACAUAGAAAUCAAGCUAGGUGUUACAGCAGAAGGUCUAGAUGCAGAGAAUAAAGUCGUCAAACUGAGUAAUGGUGAAGAACUGACGUAUGACAAAGUGUUCAUUGCAACUGGUGGGAAACCACGGCAACUGUCAAACCCCGGUGCUGACCUCAAGGGCAUCUUUGUGGUUCGAACUCCAGAGGAUGCUAAUGCAGUGGCCGCAGCAGCAGCAGGGAAGAGAGUGGCCAUUAUCGGCACCUCUUUCAUAGGAAUGGAAGCGGCAGCCUACCUGUCAAGCGAAGAUCGUGCUGCAUCAGUGACUGUUGUAGGGAAUACAGAAGUACCAUUUGAAAGGAGUCUUGGGCGUGCUGUUGGAGAAAGGAUCCAGAAGCUGUUUGAGGAAAACGGGGUUAAAUUUGCCAAUAAAGUCAAUGUGAAGGAGUUCAUUGGAGAAGAUGGACAGGUGAAAGAGGUUGUAUUGGAUAAUGAUGAAACUAUACCAGCUGAUGUUGUGGUUAUGGGAGUUGGAGUUGUACCGGAUACCCAGUUUCUGUCAACUUCUAGUGUUAGGCUCGAUGAACGAGGAUUUGUUCCAGUUAAUGAGCAUUUGGAGACCAACAUAGCUGAUGUGUACUGUGGGGGUGAUAUAGCUUCCUUCCCACUCUUCCUUCAUGAUGGGGAGAAAGUGGCCAUAGGUCACUGGCAGGUUGCUCACGGCCAUGGUAGCACAGCUGCCCUCAACAUGCUUGGGAAAGCCACACCACUCAAGUCUGUGCCCUUCUUCUGGACUGUCCUGUAUGGAAAAAGUCUUCGGUAUACAGGUCAUGGGAUGUAUGAUGACAUCCUGAUAGGAGGAGACUUAGAAAACUUGGCUUUCAUUGCCUAUUACUGCAAGGGAGAUCGUGUGGUAGCUCUGGCCAGCCUUGGUAAGGAUCCUGCAGCUGCCAAAUAUGCUGAAAUGCUAAACAAUGGCGAUUUUCUCACGAGGGAGAAAGUUAUUGAAGAUGGAGAAGUGGCAUGCAAGCUGUAAUGAGAUAAAAAGAAGCUCAAGAAAACAAGAGAAUAGAUGUAUGAAUGUCCAUGUAUGUUCUAUGUAGCCUUCAGUGAGAUGAGAUGAAAAUGUGAUGACUAAAUGCUGUUAGCACUGUAUGCUUCUUAGGUGUAGUGGGUAAUGGUUGCUAUUUGUUACACAUUACAGUAUAUUGUGUACUUAAUCAGUGAAGAUGGUCAUUAGAUGUAAAGAGAACCAAAGAUGUGCACUUAAUGUAGUCAUGAAACCAGUGAUAUAAGGACAGUAUUUUUAUUUACAAAUAUAGCAUAAAUUGCAUUGUUUAUUUAUCUUUUUUUUUUUCCAAUAUAGUCUCUUCACCUGUUGGGAGUAUACAUUUCUGUAUUGGUAUGAUAAUCUUUGUAGUAAUUGAUGUAAAAUCAUAGUGCAUUACUAGUUACUUUAGGUCCAAUCUUAUAUUUUUUCUCUGAUUACUCAUAUCACUGAAACUUUCAGUAAGCAUAAAUUAUAUGUGUAAUUUACAAUAUUAUAAUUUUCUUUUCAUGUUUAUCUUCCAUUUUUUAAUGAAUUUGGUUAGAUAAAUUUACCAAAGAAACAUUGAGAAGGGAGAUUUUUGAAAUACUUGAAUAGUUUAUUUCUCAGUAAUGCAAAAAAUCUUGUUACGCUACUCAGAAGGGAUAUUGUGUGUUAUUUUUUGUUGUAGUGAUUCUUUGUUUUCUAUUAUUGUUUAUCAUUACUUAUGAAAUCUUUUUGGUACUUUCAUUUUCUUAAUUUUGAUGUUUAUGUCUGAACUUUCUCUGACAUAUUUAAGAACCGUCCUUAAAAGAAUUUUUGAUUGCAAGAUUGUCAAAGAAUUUGUCUUACACUCAAUCUAUAAACUAUUUUGCAAUUUUGUUUGUUAACCCAAUGCUAACGGAGAAAGGUUGCAUUCACUUUAGUAUUGUUUUGUUAAAUGUUUCUGUACAUAGAUGGCUCUACCAGUGCUUAGCCACAAAGGAGUCAGUUAGUAGAUCUUGUGACCUCACCUUUCCUUGAAAUAGCGAGAAAACUCUUGACACUGCUAACAGCAGUAUUAACCCAUUGGUUGUGGAUGGCAUCAUAUGAUGCAAAGUGCAAUUGAUGGCCGAUCCCUUAGAGCAAUGGGUGGCUGCGCAGCCUGGGAGCUGAGCGGGCCAGGAGAUAUCAGCUGCCAAGCCGGUGUCUCUCUAGCGGCCUUCCAGGGCCUAGGCCUGCCACCCUGGGCCUGUGCGGGCGAUGGGGUGUUACCCAUCAAAGGAGUUGAACACCUUUGGCGUGUGCUAAAACCAGGCCCUCCACUCUUUCUGAGUGCAUUUAUGUAUAUUUGCUUGCUUGCAUGUAUUUGUAUGGGUUUAUAUAUACUUUUGCAAACAUAUAUUUUCUCAUAUAUACAUGUACAAACACAUAUGCGUGAAGGAGCGAAAGCAUCACUGUCACAGCGUGCACUCUCCAGCGCAGUCCCAUGCGUGGCCCGAGUCCAAAAUAAAUAAUGCUACAGGAUUACCCGCCACAUUGCAAAAUACCGCAACCAGUGGGUUUAAUAAUAGAAAAUGUUAUUGAAAAUCAAGGAAAAGGUUAAAGAGGUAGUUCACGUAAUUGGCUCAUUGGUGACUUAGUACUUUUGGAGCCAUCUAUAUUUAAAAACAAUUACUAAAUUAAACACGCAGUGGGCAUGACAUGUAUACACAUGCCAUCCCUGGCGGCAAGUGGUUAAGUUAAAAUUUAAUCAUAACAAGUAUUUACGUUUGAUAAUAAUCCAGUGUAAUAAUUUAAAAAAAUUAUUAUUGCAAUGAAUCUCAAUAUAAUGACAAUAAGGCAUGCAGUGCCAUUUGUAUUUUUCAAAGAGUAAAUGCUGGUAACAUGGAGGAAAUGGCUCAAUUAAUAUUUGACAAUGAAUAAAAGCGCAUGCAAAUUU